AAAUAAAAAAACAGAGAGGGAAAGCGAGGAGUCGACGAGAUGGUGAGAGCGCCCUUCUAUGACAAAAAUGGGCUAAAGAAAGGAGCAUGGAGUCCUGAAGAAGACAGUAUGUUAAAAGCUUAUGUUGAUAAGCACGGUCACAAGAACUGGCGUGCACUUCCCAAACUUGCUGGUUUAGCAAGGUGUGGUAAAAGUUGCAGACUAAGAUGGAUGAACUAUCUUCAACCGGGUGUAAAACAGGGAAACUACUCUCAAGAAGAAAACAAUUUGAUCAUCAAAUUACAUGAAGAAUUCGGGAACAAAUGGUCAACGAUUGCUGCUAAAUUACCAGGAAGAACCGACAAUGAUAUUAAAAAUCAUUGGCAUACCUAUUUUAAGAAGCUCACAAAGCAAAAUUCAACAGCACUAUCUCAAACGACAGAGCAGUCAAGUGAUGCCCCAUCAGUAACUAGCCAAAAUACAGAAUUAGAAGCUCAAAGUGCUCCUAAACAUGAUAAUAAUGGUCACCAAAUUUUGGAGAGCUCUCCGUUGUCCCCUGAAACAUUUUCCAGUGGUCACUCCUCCUUGAGCUCCAACAUAAAUCAUGGACAUGAUCAACCUAUCGUUAGUUAUUUCUCUGCUGAAGAUGGUACUCGAGCUUCAUCAGAAACAAUAUUAGACAAAUCGAGUGGAGAUUUUUGGACCGAACCAUUUCAGCCGGACAAUAUGAUGAAUGACGUCCAAAGUGAGUACUAUCCAAUUACACACCUGAGCGAGGAGGGAAUUUUAUCAUCACCAUUUGUAACGUUCUACGAUACUCAGGAUGGUAUGGAUUGGUUCCACCAGGUGAUGCCAACAUUGCAAAACAAUUAUUUAAUUAAUGAUGCAGAAUACUUAAGAUAAACUUAGCUCUUGUUUACUU